AUGGCAGCACUCACAGCACUGCAAUCCUUUCGACAUGGACAGCUCGGUGAGAACAAGAAAGUGUUGAUUCUUGGUGGAGCUGGUGGCGUCGGAUCUAUGGCUAUCCAAGUCGCCAAAGCUGUUUUCAAGCCACAAGCGAUUGCGACCACGGCAAGCACUCAAAAAGUGGAACGAAUGCGCCAGCUUGGUGCAGAUGUUGUGGUCGAUUAUAAGCUCAAUCGUUUUGAGACAGAGCUUAAAGACUAUGACUUUGCUCUGGAUACCACUGGCGAGUCAAAGCAGUGCUUUGAAUGCGUCACACGCGGUGGUUCCGUCGUUACAAUCGCUGCAACACCAAGUAGGAAAUCCCUACCGAAACACGUUCAAGGUGUAGACGUUUCGCUUGUUAUUGGGCUCGUCAUGAAUUGUCUGAGCUUUUCAGCUUGUCAUCAAGCGCGUCAAGCGGGAGUUUUUUACGACUUUAUGUUUGUGUUGGCCAAUGGCGACAUGAUGAAUGAAGUCCGUGAGCUUGCUGAGCAACGUUCCAUUACACCGGUAAUCGACCAGGUUUUUCCAUUUGAAAAGGCCAAUUCGGCGAUGGAAUACUUGGAGUCGGGGCGUGCAUUGGGAAAAGUUGUUGUGCAGCUUCGUCGACCUUUUCAGUCUUGCGGCCUUAAAGUGUUGAACAAGAGCCGCGUACGACAUGCUUUAACUCGAGAGAUCGAUAACAACCUGCUCACAGAGCAGCACAAACUAAGAAAAUUCUCAUGCGAUCGCCUUAUGUAG